AUGGAUUCGAAAUUGAAGAAUAUUCUGAAUAUGAAUAGCGAUAAGACUCCGAUCGCCGAUAAGAUUAAGUUUCAAAAAAAACGGACAAAAAAGAAAAAUUCAACGCGCCCCGCCGGAAAGUCUGUGAAUAAUUUGUCCAAGAAGAUUAAUAAUGUUGCUGGGUCAGUUUAUCCGGGNACGUCAAUAGUGUAUAUUAAAAAUACAAAAACAUAAUAUAAUUAUAAUUUGUAAUAUAACACAGAAUAAUGGAUUCAAAUUUGAAGAAUAUUCUCAAUAUAAAUAACGAUGAGACACCGAUCGCCGAUAAGAUUAAGGUUCAAAAACAACUGGCAAAAAAGAAAAAUUCAACGCGCCCCGCCGGAAAGUCUGUGAAUAAUUUGUCCAAGAAGAUUAAUAAUGUUGCUGGGUCAGUUUAUCCGGGAGUCAACUGCGGCCACAAAAAUUGCAUUUCGCAACCUGUCGUGACUCCUGGGAAUAUGGGUUGGCUCUGGUCCUUGAAAGACGCCGGAGGUGUAAAGGUAAAUGGCUGAUCGUUAUUAUUCAGUUAUAGGAUUUCGAUUAAUUAUACAGUUAUUUAAUUUUUAAUUUUACAAAAAAACACUUUUUUUAAAACAAAAUUAUCUUACUCAGAAGAAAAUAAUAUACGACUAUAGUAUAAUAUAAUAAUAUAUUAUAACUUAUUAUUGUAAUAUUACAGAUUUUAGUUUUAUAGCCAGAAAUGUAAUGGUUAAACAUAUACUUUUUUUAUGAUACAUGGUUAAUGUUUUCAUUAGGAAAAACUAAGGAAAAACGGCAACAUUGCGAGUUUUUUUAGAUGAUUUUUAUUCGGUAGAAAAUCUGAGGAAAAAAUUGUUAGACCUUACAGAAAUGCUUAAAAAUUGAAUAGGUGGUUUAUGAUAAGUCGUACUUUGCGAUCAAAAAAAAAAAUACCAAUAAUUAAAUAGCCGUAUUUAUUAAUAGUAGUUAACCACUAUAAACAUUUGAAAUCGAAAUGAAUCAACAAGAAUCAAAUAACUCGUUACUACUUAUAACAACGUCAAUAGUGUAUAUUAAAAUUGAAUAGGUGGUUUAUUAUAAGUCGUACUUUGCGAUCAAAAAAAAAAAAAGAGCAUCUGCUGGGUACGAGAGUGGCCACUGUUGUAGGUUAGAAGUAGAAAAAGUAGGAUACAUAAGGUUAUUUCAUUUAUAUCUGUAGCCAAAGAUAAACAAUUGCUUGACGAAAAUCGAUUCCGAGCGCAAUUCGGCUAUACAUAAUUUGAAGUGCCGUAAUUUUUUUUGUGUUUUUCGUUUGAAUUUGAUUUCAAAACGCUUAUUAAUAAAAAUACAACAAAACAAAAAAGGUUUCUUCUCAAUUUUUCGAUAAAAACGAUUUUCCUAAUUAUAAAUGUUUUCUGUAUUAAUGUAAAAUAAUGAUAUCGUGAAAUUGUUAGUUUUUCCUACGUUUAUUCCCUAAUAUUAUGAAAACUAUUUCAAAAAUCAAAAAACGACCUGUAUCAUUAAAAAUAAGAUUAAUAAUUCAACAAAAAAUGUCUCUUAUCAUUUUUCAAUUACAAUUUUCUUGAUACAUGUGAGAAACUAUAAGGGUGGUGUUUCGACCAACAAAAAAUGUAAAAAAGUGUUUAAGUUAAUGUGCAUUUUAAUGUAAUACUUUAAACAAAAGUGUAUACAUAAAAAGUACUGAUAUAAGAAAAUAAUUCGUAUAUAAGUUAGCAUAACUUUUUAGGUACGUUUUAAAAUAAUACGAGUAAGUUAAAAUAUUAUAUAAAAAUAUCAGACCACCAUGUCAUAAUACGAUCCAGACCAUCUAAAAAAUUCUCAUUUCCAGACCCAUCACUCCACCCCUGACAUUUGUUUAUCGUUGUGCACAGAUAUAAAUUGUAUCCUACCUUCCUAACUUCCAUUUACAAUAGUGACACCCAACAGCAGUAUCAAGUCUUUAUAUCAGAUCGUAUAUCUUAAUCUUCUUUAUAUUUCCACUAAAAAAAAAAUACAAAAUAUAAUUUUGACGGUUUUUAGAUCAAUAGAAAUUGGAGACCAGGGGCAAUACCGAAAAAUGUGGUUCUCAUGAUGGAGAAGGCAAAGGCCGCAAAACUCCAAAAUAUGAAUAAUUAA